AUGUUAUCAAAUACCUACCAUACUCUUUGUCGUGCAAAUGGACAUUUCGAUAUUUUCAAGUAUCUUGUAGAGAAUCUAACCGAUAAAAGCUAUCUUAAAAAUACCUAUGGAUAUUUAGAAGGUGCAAUCAGUAGUGGUAAUUUAGAUUUUGUAAAGUAUGUUUAUGAAAAUGUGACCAAAGAUCCACGCUAUUCAGGAAUUGAUAAAGCUGCAGGCAAAGGAUCCAUUGAAAUUAUUAAAUUUCUUCAUGAUAAUCAAGUCGGUAAAUCUAAUCAAUGGAAAGGGGCUAUGUCCCGUGCUGUAAUGAAUGGGCAUUUAUCAAUGGUUGAGUGGCUUCAUCAUAAUAGAACUGAAACAGGCACAACUAAUGAAAUGGACUAUGCUUGCCGAAAUGGUCACAUUUCCAUAGUUGAAUGGUUACAUUUUAAUAGAACUGAAGGAUGUACAACCAGAGCUAUGGAUUAUGCCAAAACUUUAGAGAUAGUUCAGUUUCUUCACAUCAACAGAACUGAAGGUGCAACAACCAAUGCCAUUGACAAUGCGUCGUCGACAGGAAAUUUGGAUAUUAUAAAAUAUCUUUACGCAAAUAGAACUGAGGGUUGUACCACCAAAGCAUGGGGAAAUGCUAUAGCGAACAAUCAUAUCGAUAUUGUAAAGUUUUUGUAUGAAAACAAGAUUGGACAAUGGACAGAAGAGGUAAUGAAUCAAGCAAUUGAAAAUAAUUGUUCGAUAGAGAUGAUAUUAUUCAUUGAUGAUCAAUUAAAAGUUGGAUGUACAUCACCGACAUCUGUUGAAACUGCUGCAAAAAAUGGAAGAUUAGAUAUCAUUCAAUAUCUUCAACAACAUCACAAUACAUCAUUUAUUUGGACAUUUAAAAUAAUGGAUAAUGCUGUUGAAUAUGGACACAUUGAUAUUGUAAAGUUUUUACAUGACAAUAGAAGUGAAGGAUGCGGAGGAUGUGCUCUAUCCUCUGCAGCAGGAAAAGGUAAUUUAGAAAUGGUCGAGUUUCUUUACAAGAAUAUUGUCAACCAAUCAAAUGAUAAAGUGAACCCUUACACACGUAUUUCAAGCGUACCUGUUAUGAAAUACCUUUUGGAAAACAAUAUAAUUGAUAUGAAAAGUGCCCAAAAAAAUUGUAGGGAUGAUGAUUGCGAAAUUCAGGCACUCAUUAAGAAAUAUGAAGCCACUGCCAAUGAGCAACCUAUCAAAAAGAUCAAAAAAGAUCCAGCCUAUUUUGAUGACCAAAUGCUUUAUCAUGAAGAGAGAGUAGAAGAAGAUGAAGGUGUUGAGGAGGAUGACGCAAAUAUGGCACCGAUCUUCUUCUAA